UCGUACUUAGCGGCAGAUAUAAAGUAUAGUAUACGCUUGGGUACUACAAUUAGUCUUUAAGUGGGAUUAUUACUAAAAAAAUAAAAGAAGUAAAAAAAAUGGGUUUUUUGGGUUUACUCAUAGUGGGAGUUUUUGCAUUGAUGCUCCAAAAUGCAAGCUCAUUCAACACAAAUAUAAAAGUUGAAAACAAGGACAAGUUGUUAAGGUUCAACAAAAAUGGAGAAUUCAAAAUAUUGCAAAUCUCAGAUAUGCACUACGCUAAUGGCAAGGACACUGCUUGUAGAGAUGUCUUGCCAUCUCAAAUGGAAACCUGCUCUGAUCUCAACACCACUCAUUAUCUCCGUCGUUUCAUCCAUACCGAGAAUCCUGAUCUCAUCGUUUUCACUGGAGACAACGUCCAUUCAGUAGAUGCGUAUAACUAUAACAGAUCAAUGGAUGAAGCAUUUGCAGCAGCAAUCGAGUCGAAUAUCCCAUGGAUUGCUGUACUAGGUAACCACGACGUGAAUACACUUGUAACCGGAACUCCAAGAAAAGCAGUCAUGGAAUACAUAGUUGGAUUGAAAAACACUCUAUCCCUUCUCAAUCCAUCCAAUCUCGAACAAGACGAGUCGAUUUGGGGAUGGGGUAAUUACAACUUGGAGGUCGCCGGUGUCCAAGAUUCCCCUCUCCAAAACAAGUCUGUCCUUAACCUUUACCUCCUUGAUUCCGGUGAAUUCACUUACAGCCUCCCUCCCAAUUUUUACAUGGGAUAUGAGUGGAUCCAUCCAUCUCAGCAAUCUUGGUUCCUUCGCACCUCCAAACAACUCCAACAAGCUUACACGAGCCCACCCGAAGCACAACAAGGACCCGCUCCAGGGUUGGUGUUCUUCCACAUUCCUAUACCCGAAUACAGCAACAUUACCGAGUCCAAUAUGGUGGGUGAAAAACAGGAGGAUGUGUAUUGCCCCGGCGUCAAUUCGGGGUUCUAUGACACAAUGCUUGCAGCAGGGGAUAUUAAGGCUGCUUUUGUAGGACAUGGACAUAUCAACGACUAUUGUGGUAAGCUUCGUGACAUACAGCUAUGUUACGGAGCUGGAUUCGGGUACCAUGGAUAUGGCUUAGCUGGUUGGGCCAGAAGGGCAAGGGUGAUCAAUGUUAAGUUGGAUAAAACCGAAGAUGGUGAUUGGGGUCCUGUUAAGUCCAUUGUUACCUGGAAGCGACUUCAUGAUGAUCGUCUCACUCUUAUUGAUCCUGAAGUCCUUUGGGCUUCUACUACCGGUGGAGAUCGAGCUCAAUCUUUGUUUAAACCGAUUAUGAGCGAAUAAGCUUAUUUCAUUUGCUGAUGCUGAUGGAGCUAUGAUGCAGUCCAGCAAGCAGACGCCAAAUGCUUGACUAGUAGCUUAGUCUGAGCAAAAAAUUAAAAUAAAAAUAAAAUUUUACCUUACUUUGAUUAUUGUAUCAAAUAAAAAGAAAAGCAAUGCAUGUACUCUUGUAUUGAUGAUUAAGGACUUAGAUUUGAGGUUCCUUAAUCAUUAGAUAUAAUAAUAAUCCAUACUUUGGUAAUAGGAAUUCUUAAGCCUACAUCUAUACAAAACUAUAUACUAUAUGAGAUGUAACCCCGGCCCGGCCCUUAUUCUAAGUGAUGAUAUGAAUUUCAAAUUACUUUGUUGCGUA